GUUUUGCGUUUUACAGUUUAAUGACCUUAUUGAUAUCUAUUUUCAAUUUGUUUUUUUUUUAUGAUAACUAUGUUCUAUUAUUUUUUUUGUUUUUCUAAUAUUUACCGUGGUGUGUAUCGAGUUUUGAGUAUAGAGUAGUCAUUAAUUACUUAUCCCCGCAUUAUUCUUAUCGCUCAAUUUAUCAUUUUAAUAGAGGGUUUUUCUUAAUUUUGUGUUUGUUACAUCUUUCAUUAACUAUUAAUUGUUAUUUCGUGAUUGGAGUGACAUCGAAGAAGCAUCAAACCACUAAAAACUGAAAAAAGCUGGUUUCUACCUUUGUAUUUAUAGGGUUAUGGUAGAUUAAAAUAUUUUGUCAGGUUGUUCUCAAACCAGACAUUUUUGAGAAUAUCAAUGCGGCCCACAACUGAGGACAAUAUGAACUCAUUAGCACCACAACAAUAUUGUUUACGGUGGAAGUAUCAUCACUCAAAUUUACAAGCAAUGUUUUCCCAACUUUUAGAACGGGAGAGUUAUUGUGAUGUUACAUUGGCUUGCGAGGGAAAAACCCUUAGAGCUCAUAAGGUUAUGCUUUCUGCUUGUAGUACUUACUUUGAUACUAUAUUAUCACAGCAUGAUGAGAAUAAAGCAAUAGUUAUUCUCAAAGAUGUUAAGUUUUCUGAUAUUCAAGCCCUAGUCAGUUUUAUGUAUAAAGGAGAAAUUAAUGUUGAAAAUACUGAGCUUUCUUCUUUGUUAAAAACUGCAGAAGAACUUAAGAUUAAAGGCUUGGCUGAAGUAUCCUGGCGAUCAGAUCAAGAACAACAAAAUCAAAGUUUUAAUGUAACUGCUGAUGAAUCAAAUAUUAGCAAGAAGAGAAAAUUAGAUUCAACAUUAGCAACUACUGCUAAUAUAAAAAAAGAAUUUACAGAUAAACACCAAGAAAAUGAUGAUAUGGAUGGAGCAGAUGUAGAAGAUGAGUCUGAACCUGAUCAAUCCAUCUGGGAACCAGAAAUGCAACAUGUUGUUGAUACUGAUAACGUAGAAUUACCUAAACCAACAACUGGUACAGUAAAUGUAACAACUUUUCCAUCUGAAGAAGAAAGAGCAAGUAGUGUCACCAAUGUUAGCCAAGGAUUCAGUGAACAACCAGCACAUGUUCCUGAUUUAAGCCAAUUUUCUGAUGUUAUGAAAAUGAAUGACUAUCUAGAAUCAGGUGGACGCCGUCCACAAUUUUGGGAAGAACCUUUUACUAAAAGACUUAUGGAAGCAAUAAAAAAUAAAGAGCUAGAAAUGAAAGUGGCCGCAGAGUUAAUGGGAGUAUCUUAUGGAACCCUUUAUGGUAGAUAUCGAGAUGCUUAUGGCUGCUUAAAACAUCCGUACAGAGUUCGAGAUUUUUGGUUGGAACAAGGUCCAGCCGAUGUAUUAGCUAAAUUGCAAAGAAAAGAAUUAACUCUAUUCCGAGCAGCAGAAAUACUAAAUGUCACAGUAACCACAUUGGCAAACUACUUGUCAACAAUGAGACAAGGAGAUAAUUCACUUACUGUUGCCAAUGCUACUGUAAGUGCUACUGAUAAAUCAACAUUUAGAGUUGAUGUUCUAUCUGAAAGUGAUAGAGAAGAAGGUUCUGAUGAAGAUGAAGAUGAUAAUGAUGAAAUUGAUAAUAUUAUAACAAGUAGUACCACUCAAUCUCAACAAAAUAAACCAGACAUCACUUUUGUAACAUCGCCAGGUUCAAUAUCUAAAGUGAACAAUUUAAAUGGUAACUAGCGCUACACCUAAAUAAAUUAUUGGUUAGGAAGUAGAAAUCCUUAAACUUGUUCUAAAUUAUAAUUAUAACGGCGGUUCUAUUGACAAUUUUUUCUUUAUUUUUGUUUUUGUUUUGUUUUGUUUGUUUUAUUUUAUUAUUUUUAUUUUUAUUAUUUAUCUAUUGUUUUUAUUCAUAAAUACUUAGAUACACAUGAUUAGUUUAUUUAUUUUCUUAACAUUCGGACCGCUGUUAGAAAAUAUUUACUCUAAAUUAACUGAUAAUAGUACUGUUGUUACUGAAAAUAAGUUACAAUAUUACUCAAAUUGGUGCUAAUCUAUAAUGCAUUCUUCCAUUUAGCUCUCUAGUGUCAAACUUUUCUAUUAAAAUUAAUUUUUUUUUUAAAUUUUUAUUAUUAAAUAUUUUAUUUAUGUUGUUCACCUAUAAAAAUGUUUAAGUUUGUAGAAAUAUCAAUUUUAUUCCUUAUUUUCUUUAUUUUCUAAAAACUAGUUUUUAAUGUCUGGUGGGUGAUUUGCCAAUCACGAUUAUAAUUCAAUCCUUACAAUUUUUAGUCAUAUUCACGAAUGUUAUUAUAGUAAACAUAUUAUUGUUUGUGUAAUUAAAUAAAAAGAUUGGAGUGUAAGAGUAAUAUUUUAAGUUUGAACAAAUAGCUAUUAGAUAGUAGUUAUUAUAU